AUGCAAGCAUUGCUCCAUGCGUCGACGACCGUCUUGGAUGAGGACGAGGAGGUCAACGACCCGCUCGUGGCCCAUAUGUACGCAACAUUUGACGACCUCCCACUCGAGCAAACGCUCGACGCCUUUGCCGGCACCGAGGACCGGUCGCUCCUCGCCGUCGGCAGCGGCGCCGUCUGGACCCACUGCCGCGACGUGUGCUUGGACUUGUACGCAGCCGCGAUCAUCCUCUCGCUGCACUUGCUCUCGCUGGAAACCGUGCUCGUCGUCGGCCUCUCGAUCGUCUCGACGAGCGCCUACUUUCACGCGCACGUGGCAACGGACGGACCGUCGUUUGCCGCGAAUCUCUCGUGGACCAUCGUCUCGUUCGCCGUCGUCUCGCCCAUGAUUAUGCAAAUCCGACAAGCGUUUACCCGCCGCGAGCUCGCGCUGGACCUCCUCGCAGAAGUCAAAGCGUUGAGCUGCAAUGUGCUCGUGGCGCACGCCAUGUGGGACUGGGGCAAGAACGAACGGGCCAAGCUGCCUGUGCAGCAUGCUCUUACCACCAAGCAACUCUUGCGGACGGUGCUCGCCGAUCUGCAGCGCAUCUUGACGCUGCCGACCUUUACGCGCGGCCGCCAUCAAUUCACAAGCGUCGGGAAGGACCAAGCGUCGUCGUUCCUGGAUCACUUCCACGGCCUCGCGCGCCGG